CCACCACCACCAUCAUCAUCAUCACCAUCAGCAGGAGCGGCAACAGCAGCAUGGCGUCGUCUGCAGGGGAGCGGCUCUCUGUCCUGCAGCGGCACCUGUCCUGCCCUGGGCGUGAGGGACCCAGGCGUGGCACUGUAGGACACUGGCAACCUAGCGCUGCGUCUCCGCCCCCGAAGGACACAGCUGGCGCCCCCUCGCUGCCCCGGAGGAGGCAGGAGGUGUUGAAGUGGAAUGGCUGGGGGUACAAGGACUCCAAGUUUGUGGUGCAUAAAGGGGACAACUAUUAUGUCUCCUUCACCGGGAGCAGGUACAAGAUUGGCAACAUGGUGCUCCCUCACUUUGCUGGCUGGGUUAAGGAGACUCUUGGUGUGGACUUUGAGGAUUGCCAGCCGCCCCAGCCUCUCCCACAGCCACACCAGAUACCACAGCCCAUCCUCCACCCGGGUGUGGUGGAGGAGGUGAAAGCCCUGGGCCUGAGUCACAGUUUGGAGGGUGAAGACCGGCUGUUCAGGGCUCAUGGACACACGCUGGCUGAGAUAUUCACGCUGAGGGAGGGAAUGUUUCCACGCAUCCCAGACUUGGUGGUGUGGCCUGAUGGACACAAGCAGGUGGAGAAGCUGGUGGAGCUGGCUGGGCGUCACCAGGUGGUCCUCAUUCCUUUCGGCGGUGGCACCAGUGUCUCGGGGGCCCUGCUGUGUCCCGAGGAGGAGAGCAGGAUGAUCAUCUCUCUCGACACUUCACAGAUGAACAGCAUCAUAUGGGUGGACGAGAAGAACCUGACAGCGCGCAUUGAGGCUGGCAUCAUCGGACAGGACUUGGAGAGACAGCUGAGGGCUCGCGGGUUCACCUCCGGACACGAACCUGACUCGUACGAAUUUUCCAGUCUCGGAGGUUGGGUGGCCACAAGAGCGUCAGGGAUGAAGAAGAACAUUUAUGGCAACAUUGAGGACUUGGUGGUGCAGGUGAGGGUGGUGACGCCCCGGGGAACUGUGGAGAGGUGCUGCGGGCCUCGACUCUCCGCAGGGCCUGACAUACAGCACUUCAUCAUGGGAUCUGAAGGUACAUUUGGAGUGGUCACAGAGGUCACCCUGAAGAUCCGCCCGCUGCCGCCAAUUGUGCGGUACGGCUCCAUUGCCUUCCCAGACUUCACUGCUGGUGUGAGGUGCAUGAGGGAGGUGGCGCUGCAGAGGUGCCAGCCCGCCUCUAUUCGACUCAUGGACAACCAGCAGUUUAGAUUUGGUCACGCCCUCAAGCCGCCCACGGGUCUGAUGGGGCUGCUGGUGGACGGUCUGAAGAAGGUGUACAUCACGCGUAUCAGAGGCUUCGAUGUCAAUAAGAUGUGUGUGGCAACCCUGCUGUUCGAAGGCUCGGAGCAGGAGGUGACAGCGCAGGAGAACCGUCUGUACAGCAUUGCCCUGACCAGUGGGGGGGUACCAGCAGCAGCCAAUGGGGAGAGAGGCUACAUGUUAACCUUUGUGAUUGCCUACAUAAGGGACCUUGGCUUCGACUACGGCAUAGUGGCUGAGUCCUUUGAGACGUCGGUGCCCUGGGAUCGCGUCUACACCCUCUGUCACAACGUCAAGCAUCGCAUCACCUCAGAGUGCAAGGAGCGAGGCAUCCGUCACACCUUCAUCACCUGCCGAGUCACACAGACAUACGACGCUGGUGCUUGUGUCUACUUCUACUUUGCCUUCAACUACCGUGGCUUGUCCGACCCCGUGCAUGUCUACGAGGAGAUCGAGGGCAACGCGAGGAAUGAGAUUUUGGCGUGUGGGGGCAGCAUCUCGCACCAUCACGGCGUGGGGAAGGUGAGGAGGCAGUGGAUGGGUCAGACUGUCUCAGCACCAGGUCUGGGAGCACUGAAGGCUGUCAAGGAAUAUUUUGACCCUAACAACAUCUUCGCCAAUGGAAAUCUUUUCUAGGGUAAUGGUUGGUGCGUGGCUUAAGGUGUGUGUGUGUGUGUGUGUGUGUGUGUGUGUGUGUGUGUUGGUGUGUCAGUAUUUCAUCUUCAGUUUAAAAUUUCUCGUCUUUCAUCGUCAAAUUCUCUCGUCAUUUCACUAUUUCUCUUGUAUCGUCUUAGUAUUCUCAUUGUAUUUCAUCGCGUCUCAUUCCGACGUCUGUGUUCAGAAAUGCCUUGCCCUCUCACUACGACAAUUUUCCAAAGCCACAGAGACAACUAGCGGGGAUUUCAAGACAGUUUCUCCUUUUAAUAAACCAGAAAUCUUACCAAUCCACCACCAGAAAGAAAUACCCUUAAAAACAGGAGUAUCGUCAACUGGAGCCUUUGGAAAGCAGUGAUGGUGAGAGAGCAAAGUGUUUCAGAAUAUAGGCCCUUGACUCGCCGCACUGCCAGACUGCCACACACGCCUUGACUGGUGUGUGGGAGUGUUGGAGUGCCAGGCCAGUGUGUUGUGUAGUACAGGGACUGCCACUUGUAGACCCCAUGGCUUCCUGCACCAACACUUGUUUAUUAGUACCUUUUAUCAGAUGGGGUCUUGCUAAGGGCUCUUGUGUGUGUGUGUGUGUGUGUGUGUGUGUUUUCAGUACAAUGAUAAGUACGCACAUAUUUCUUUUUUCUCUCACUUCUUUGUAUAUGUGUGUGUGUGUUUCAAGCAUCAGUAUAUAGGCUUAGCUUUACUAUAAACUACACACACACACACACACACACACACACACACACACACACACACACACACACACACACACACACUAUUUAAUCUUUCUAUUUCUACCUUCCAUUUCUCCUUGUGUGUGUGAGUGUGUGUGUGUGUUAUCAGUCAUUCACAAAUCUUUACUCUUUACUUCUUGUAUAGUGCAUGGCCACAGUGCACAACCCACCAUGUACACAGACCGAGAGUUGCUUGUAUAAACACCUCAAACGAUUACAAAGUCUCUAGAAGUGUGAACCAGUUUGAUGAGUACAGUAUGUCGAGUUUUUUGUCAGAAUUCUAGUGAGCAGACAAGAUUUAAGUCAUACAUCAGGGAUUUGACUUAAAUUAAAAAGUGUGUACUGGUUUUUUUGUCAUAUUUUAAGUUACGAUGAAUUUUGUGACUUCUCGGACAGAUUUGACAUUAAUUUAAAAAGUGUGUACUGUUUUUUUUAGUCAUAUUUUUAAGUUCCGACGAAUUUUGCAACUUCUCGGACAGAUUUGACAUUAAUUUAAAAAGUGUGUAUUAUAGAUUUUUGAGUCCUGUAUUUUAAGUUCUGAUGAAUUUCGCAACUUCUCUGAUGAAAAGUAAAGAGAUUCAUGCGUUUAUAAUUCCAGAUAAGAGGAAUUUUUAACCAUUACUGUGAAAAAUGCACAAA